UUCUGCGCUCUCCACAGUAUGGCCGGCGAUAUUAGCUAGCAGUCGCUCUACAGUAUUCUCUGUAAAAGGGAAGACGGUAAAACCAAGAAAUUACACCUGGAUUGCUAAAGGACUGUACUUAAUAAAUUAUAACGAUCAAGCAAGGACUAGCUAAUUAAGUUGAAAACGUAACCAACAUUUAAUUUCUGUUAUUGGUGUCUGCUGUGCCACGAUGGAAGAGAACGGUGCACACUUCUUCGAGGGAACCGAGAAGCUGUUGGAGGUGUGGUUCUCCCGGCAAGAUGAGAAUAAAGGAACAGGGGACCUCCGUACCAUCCCAAGGUUUGAGUGGGACAAACUUCUGGAGAAUGUGCACUGUUUGAUCAUAAGUGUGACGAAGACCGACAAGCAGGAAGCUUAUAUACUCAGUGAGAGUAGCAUGUUUGUCUCCAAGAGACGUUUCAUUUUGAAGACCUGUGGAACCACCCUCUUACUGCAAGCACUGAUGCCUCUGCUGGAACUCGCCAGAGAGUACUGUGGCUUUGACGCCAUCGAGGAUAGGUCAGAGGUUUUAACUCCAUCUCCUCACUACCUACAGAAUUUCUUCUAUUCUCGCAAGAACUUCAUGAAGCCCACCCAUCAGGAGUUCCCUCAUCGGAACUUCCAGGAGGAAGUGGAAUUUCUCAGCCAGAUUUUCCCAAACGGAGCAGCGUACUGUAUGGGACGUUUGAACUCUGAUUGCUGGUACCUGUUUACUCUGGAUUUGCCAGAGUUCUGGGAGAACGAGCAUGCGGAUCAGACGCUGGAAGUUCUGAUGAGUGACCUUGAUCCAGCAAUUAUGGACCAGUUCUUCAUGAAAGACGGUGUUUCUGCAAAUGAUGUCACUCGUAUGAGUGGAAUUCGUGACCUGAUACCAGGUUCUGUGAUUGACGCCACAAUGUUCAACCCAUGUGGAUACUCAAUGAAUGGAAUGAAGACUGAUGGGACUUACUGGACGAUCCACAUCACUCCAGAGCCAGAAUUCUCCUAUGUCAGCUUCGAAACCAACCUCUCUCAGACGUCCUACGACGAUUUGGUCAGGAAAGUUGUGGACGUGUUUAAGCCAGGAAAAUUUGUGACGACGCUAUUCGUUAACCAGAGCUCCAAAUGUCGCAGUGUCUUUUCUUCCGCCCAGAAACUCGAGGGGUACAAGCGCCUCGACCGCCAGUUGGCCCAAUUCAACGAUUACAAUUUUGUCUUUACUAGUUACGCCAAGAGCCGCCAGCAGAACCAGCAAAGUUGAGGUUUAAGAAUGAAAAAGAAGCGUAAGAAGAAAGGCGGCUGCGUAGGAGGGCUCGCCCCCCGUGGCUGUCUUUCUGUCCUAGCGGAGAGGCCCACUACACUCUGCUGCCAUUGUCCAGAAUUUCUUGGUAUCGAGGCCACAGGCCCUAAUAGUUUGAAUUGUAUGCAUUGUUGUACCUAUAACUUAGCUCUCUUGCAUGAAAGCUCUUUUUUCUGUUUAGAUAGUCUAGUGCACUCUUGCUGUGAUCUUGAAGUGCAUGUAGAGGAAUUAAACAUGCUCUGUUUGAGGCUGUCCAGCCUUGCCCCGUGUGCCCAGUGCAGCGGCCCCUUCCUGCAGGUCUCCCCCCUCAUUCCCCACAGACAGGGCUUCCGUGCCCACUAGUCCAGGGCCCUGACAUGCUCAGAUGGGUCCACCUCUAUGUGCUUACCAAUUUUAUAAAAAAAUGUUUAAGUUGAAAUGCAUUCUCCCCCUUCACUGAUUUGCUGCUUAUUUGAUCUGUUGCAAAUGUGUCCUUUGUUUUUGACCUUUGAGAGCACUUUAAGAAGUUUUCAGCUCGCGCAGGACUCCUCAGUACCCAAACGUAAAACACCAACCCUUUUUUGGCUUAUUGAAUUUCAUGACGUUGGUCUUCGAGUGAUUAUGGCCCAAAGCUCACAAUCUUCUAAUGUUAUUUGUCAUUCAGCAUCAACCUAGUUAAUUAAUUCCUUAAAUCAAAAUGCCAUACUUUGUCAGUGUUUCACUACCAGAGGAUUGGAUAGAGGCUGACUGCUGUGCAAUGUGAUCUAGUUCUUGGCUGUAAACUGCACCGGAGCCAAAAUAAUUAUUGCUAGAAUUGUUAACCCCCCCCCCCCCUCCUGUUCAGUCAGCCAUGCUUCUCUCCACCUCGACAAUAAAUGUAGCUGUUGAAUGUGUCCACAAAGACAGGCUUUCAACUUUUUCCCAUGCAACAGUAUGCGUUAGUGUAAAUUUAAAAUGUCCAMUUGUGUACUUCAUGGUAUGGGAUGUGUAAUACAUGUUUACAUUUACACCAAGGCUCCUACAUUUAUAAACUGGGUGGRUCGAGCUCUCAAUGCUGAUUGGCUGAAAGCUGUGGUAUAUCAGACGGUAUACCACACCCCCUUGUGCCUUAAUGCUUAAGUAUACUGCACCAACAGGAAGCGUCUGGUUCAUAGUAUACUCUGUUUUAAACACUUAAUUUAUCCAAUAAUAAUUGAAUACAUUAUAAAAAGUUCAAACUUGACACGUCAUGUAAGAACAAAGGCUGUGCCAACCGUGAAUGUUGAGGGCCAUGUUUAGACUAGAGGAGCCUGUUGAGGGGCUUUAUCUGAAUGUAAAUGACUCGAGACUCAGUAGUCGCCUUGUCGCUGUGGUGUGGGCCAGAACAAUGCCCUCUGCCAUCCAGCGUGGUCAGCCAUUGUCCCCCGGCCCAGCGGGUCUCCCCAUAGCACCCUGUGAGACUGUCAGCUGGCCCCAGAACCAUGCUUGACAGUGGCGCUCCUGGCUGCAUCGUGUGUCCCUGAAUGGAGAUAAUGACUCAGACUCUGCUUAGUGCAGCGGUUGCCCAGCAAAGCAUUUCUUUCAUAAACAAUGUACAUCCUCUCUUUCCCCCCUAUACAGGAAUCAGUAAGCGCACAAUAGAGGCCCACCAAUCUGAGCAUGCCAGGGUGAUCCCGGAUCAUUCCACACAACUGUUGCAUAAACCAUUUUAUUAAUUUUAUUGUGCGCAGACAUUUUGCAGUGAAUUGGUCCCAAAUGUGACUCCACUGCAGUUUUUUUGGAGCACAAUCCAUACCCUUUGUUCAGUGAGGGGAAAAAUCCUGUGACGCUGUGGUGCAUGUGACUACUAGUUCUGUAUUGCUUGACAGUGUAGUGUGCUGCGGUCUGUUCCUCCUGUGUAGAGUGAUGUGCUUCACCUUCCAGUUUUAUCAGCUAAUGUAGAUGGGACUGAGGCAUCCUGAUGUUUUAUUGAACAGGUGGGUUGGGGUUAAUGUUUUUACUUUGCCACCUUAGUGCUGAAGGCAGGCCCUCAUCUAUAUGGUUACUAUACAGAUAUUGAUGUUUGGCAUUUUGAGUUUCUUAUAUCUUUUUAGGAUGUGUGAUUGUCUUCUUGGGCUGGUCAGUAAUAUUCAUGAUGCUUCCCCUGCCAGUGAAUGCAGAUUGAUUUGAAUUUGCUGACAAACCUGGGGUGGUUAGGGAACAUUUUUUUGUUUGUUUGACUGCUGUUUUUAUUUUAAGACUGCCGUUUCUGGCCUGCCUUUAGCACUUCUGAGCGUUAUAACCUGUGCUGCGUUGCCCCACUAUGUUAGGAACUGUAAGAUCAAGCUUGUUCAGAAAGCUUAUAAAACACCAGAGAAUGGAUCAUUAUACACACAA